AUGGUGACUUUGACAUAUCUGAAAGCUGUUCUAAAGGAUACGCUGGAAAAGAGAAGAGUAUUAGGACAGCUGAAAGCAUUGGUUCAAGCAGAGGUGUUUGAAGCUUUGGAUGAUAAGAAUGAGCCAAAACCAGCCCUAUCCCAGGAAAACCUGCUCAUUAAUGAGUUGAUCAGGAAGUAUUUGGAGUUCAACAAGUACAAAUACUCAGCGUGUGUCCUAACUGCAGAAACUGGUCUCUUGGAAAUUCCACUGGAUCGUUCAUUUAUCGCCAGAGAACUUAAUAUUGCAGAGGACUCAAAUGCCCAGCCAGUGUAA